AUGGCGCUGGACCCGCGCUUCUACCACCACAUCGGCCAUCCGGGCCCUGGCUCGAUCUCAUCAGCCGCUUCCUCCGAACUCUCCGCCGCGACGGGAAUCACCUCGCCUAGCAUUCUCUCCACCUCCGCCUCCGCCGCCACCCUUAGAUCCUCCGCUUCAAGUCCGUCCUUCCGCGCGCGGGAAAGCGUAGCGCUAUCCGGCCGAGAUGGAAUGGCCAGCCCCACGCCAGGGGGCAAUGUGCGCGUCGUCGUACGAGUGCGAAAGUUCUUGCCUCGAGAAAUCGAGCGCAACGCGCAUUGCUUGAUAUCCAUGGACCCGCGUACACAAAUGACUUGCCUCCAAGCCCCGAAACCAAAACCUGGCGACUUCGGAAAGCCAAAGUCGCAAGCCCGUGGCAAGAUUCUGGAAGACAAGUCAUUCACGUUCGAUAACUCGUUUUGGUCGCAUGAUGAGGAGGACGAUCACUACGCACACCAGGAAGAUGUAUACAAUUCACUAGGUGAGGAAUUCUUGGAUCACAACUUUGAAGGGUACCAUACGUGUAUCUUCGCCUAUGGGCAAACGGGUUCAGGAAAAAGUUAUACCAUGAUGGGCACGCCAGAUAGGCCCGGUUUGAUUCCUCGAACUUGCGAGGAUUUGUUCCAGCGCAUUGAGAACUCGCCGUCUCCGGAUAUCAGCUACAACGUUCGAGUUUCAUAUUUUGAAGUAUACAACGAGCACGUCCGAGAUCUUUUGGUCCCCAGAACCGAUCCCCCGCAUUAUCUCCGCAUUCGUGAAUCACCGUCAGAGGGUCCAUAUGUAAAAGAUUUGACGGAGGUGACGGCACGGAACUACACCGAGCUGAUGAAGUUCAUGCGAAAGGGAGACGUCUCCCGGACAACAGCCAGCACAAAGAUGAACGACACCUCAUCUCGAUCCCAUGCCGUCUUCACCAUCACGUUGAAACAGAUCCACCAUGACUUGUCAACUGACGAGACGACUGAACGCACUGCCCGCAUUCGGUUGGUUGAUCUGGCUGGUUCCGAACGUGCCAAAUCCACCGAAGCAACAGGCGCCCGACUUCGUGAGGGUGCCAACAUCAACAAGUCUUUGACUACGCUAGGUCGUGUCAUUGCCGCUCUAGCAGAUCCCAAGAAACCCCGCGGUGUACGCAAAGGCAAAGAGCUGGUUCCAUACCGUGACUCGAUUCUUACGUGGCUAUUGAAAGACAGCCUUGGUGGCAACUCGAAGACAGCGAUGAUUGCCUGUAUCGCGCCUGCGGACUAUGAAGAAACACUUUCCACCCUUCGUUAUGCCGACCAAGCCAAGAAUAUCCGAACUCGGGCGCGUGUGAAUCAGGACCAACUCUCCGCAGCUGAACGCGAUGCGCAAAUCGCGGAGAUGGCAGAGACGAUUCGUACCCUUCAGCUCAGUGUGAGCCAAGCAGCCGUUCACCAGCGGGCGACUGAGGCCUCAGAUGAACGACUCGAAGAGUACCAGCAAAAAGUCGAAAAGAUGCAGCGACUCAUGGAGGAGACCAAGAUGGUCAGCGAGUGCAAAAUUCGACAAUUGCAGACAGAAAAUGAAGCUCUGCGCAUGCACCUGAAACUGGCCGUCGACAGUCUCAAGAACCCGAUUCCAGCCGUCACACUCGAUCAAAGAAAACCCAGCAUAGUAUCGGUGCCAGAAGAGAAUCAACCGCCCAGCCAUGAGUCAGACGACCGCGAAUGUUCUCCUAUGUCAGAUGCCGAGUCUGACAUGGAUGUCUGGGAGGACGACGAUACCAUCACCCACGAUGCCAACGAGCAAGAAGCUCACCGAAUGCAAAACCACAUGCAUGAUCUUCUCGGUGAUCUGAGUGUUUUCAAGCGAAAGUUGGCCACCGAUCACGAGCGGUUCCGGCCCCUCGAGGAACCCGGAACUCGCAAACGACGUGCAUUGGGACAAAUUAACAACCAUCACUAA